CACACCUGCCUUCUCCGGUUGCGCAUGGAGUAGGCAAAAGAUCAAAACUAUCAGGACAUUCAAUCAUUCCUAAACAUUUCCGACAUCUAAUGAUAAUCAAAAUCAGUUUGGCUCAUAGGUUUUCUGGUGCGGAAUUUUUUUUUUUAUGCAUAGAGCAUAGAGACGCAUUCCCUGUUUUGGAUACUGCACAGCUCAAGGGAAGGUGCGAAACUGCGCAUCUGUCAUUCAGCCAACUCAAACGGUGACUGAGUGUUUCGACUAUUUAAUCCCAACAGUCUACUCAUCUGCUUUAAGACUAGUGUCUGCGAUCGUUUUUUCCGCGCCUGUUAACGCAAGGGGACCGUCACUGGAAAACGAUCGCCUUUAAAACUCUUUGCACAUCACACAAUGACUGAAGCCGGUGCAGAAUGCAACAUCAAGGUGCUGUGCCGUUUUCGUCCAUUGAACCAGUAUGAAAUCCUUCGUGGAGACAAAUUUCUCCCCGUAUUUCAGGGAGAUGACACUGUCAUCGUGGGGGGAAAGUCUUUUGUAUUUGACCGAGUCUUUCCCACUAAUACCACACAAGAUCAGAUCUACAACAGCUGUGCCAAACAAAUUGUUAAAGAUGUGCUGGAUGGAUACAAUGGUACCAUCUUUGCAUACGGACAAACAUCCUCUGGCAAAACCCACACCAUGGAGGGAAAGCUCCAUGAUCCUGACAACAUGGGCAUUAUUCCAAGGAUCACUGAUGACAUCUUCAACUACAUCUUUGCCAUGGAUGAAAACUUGGAAUUUCACAUCAAGGUUUCUUAUUUUGAAAUCUACAUGGAUAAAAUUAGAGACCUGCUUGAUGUGAGUAAGACCAACCUGUCAGUGCAUGAAGACAAGAACAAGGUCCCAUAUGUCAAGGGAUGUACCGAACGCUUUGUCUCCAGUCCUGAGGAAAUGAUGGAUGUAAUUGAUGAAGGGAAAUCUAACCGCCAUGUAGCUGUAACCAAUAUGAAUGAACACAGCUCCAGGAGUCAUAGCAUCUUCCUCAUAAAUAUCAAACAAGAACAUGUGGAGACAGAGCAGAAACUCAGUGGCAAGCUCUACCUGGUGGACUUAGCUGGGAGUGAAAAGGUGAGCAAGACAGGUGCAGAAGGGUCUGUCCUAGAUGAGGCCAAAAAUAUCAACAAAUCUCUUUCUGCACUGGGCAAUGUGAUAUCUGCACUGGCUGAGGGAACGAAGACCCAUGUGCCUUACAGAGACAGUAAAAUGACCCGAAUUCUCCAGGACUCAUUAGGUGGAAACUGCAGAACCACCAUGUUUAUCUGCUGUUCGCCUUCCUCAUACAAUGAGGCUGAGACUAAAUCUACACUCAUGUUUGGACAACGUGCUAAAACCAUAAGGAAUACAGCAUCAGUAAACCUGGAGCUGACAGCAGAGCAGUACAGGAGGAAGUAUGAGAAGGAGAAGGAAAAGAACAAGAUUCUGAAGGAAACCAUCAAAAGACUGGAGGCUGAACUUAAUCGCUGGCGUAAUGGUGAGGCAGUCCCUGAAGUGGACAGUGUGUGUGUUGUGGAAUCUGAGCUUUGUGAAGAUGCUGCUUUAGAUGAGAGCAGCACUGGUCCAACCUCAGUUCACCUCACAGUUACAGAGGAGGAGCUAUGUAAACUUUACAAACAGCUAGAUGACAAGGACGAUGAGAUUAACUUGCAAAGUCAGCUGGUCGAAAAACUGAAGAAGCAGAUGCUGGAUCAGGAGGAGUUUUUGGCAUCAUCACGUGCAGACAAUGAGCGGAUCCAGUGUGAGCUGGGCCACCUUCAGGCUGAGAGCGAGAGUGCUAAAGCAGAAGUUAAGGAAGUUUUGCAGGCUCUGGAAGAAUUGGCUCUGAGCUAUGACCAGAAGAGUCAUGAGGCAGAAGACAAGAGUAUGGAGAACAAGUUGCUCACCCAAGAGCUUGCCCAGAAAAUGACAGAUUUGAUGUGCCUGGAGACUGAAUUCUCACAGCUGCAGGAAAUAAAUAUUCAGCAGAGGAAACGCAUCACUGAGGUUCUAAAUACCCUGCUGAAGGACCUGAGUGACUUCAGCAUCAUCUUAGGGAGUGGAGAAAUCAGACUGCCAAAUGAUCUCUCUGGUGUGUUAGAGGGAGAAUAUGCUGUGGUGUGCGUUUACAUUAGUAAGGUGAAAUCAGAGCUGAAAUCCCUAGUAAACCGCUGUAGGCAACUAGAGAACUUGCAGACAGACAGCCAACGCAAAAUGGAGGAGACUGGGAGAGAAUUGUCAUCUUGCCAACUGCUCAUAUCACAGCAUGAGGCAAAGAUCCGCUCCCUGACUGAGUACAUGCAGAAUAUGGAGCUGAAGAAGAGGCAGUUGGAGGAGAACUGCGACUGUCUUUUGACCGAGAUUGCAAGAUUAAACAACGCAGAGAGCCAAGAAAACCAGCAAGACAAUGAGGAGUCUGGGGAACCUAAGCACAGAGGCAAUCAUCUUGAAUCACAGCACAAACAACUUGUACGCCUACGUGAUGACAUCAACAACAAGCAGAAGAUAAUUGAUGAGCUCACAGAUGAAAAUCAGAGGCUGGUUGUGGAAUUACAACAAUUGCAUGCAGAGUUUGCUAGCCUGAAAAGUCGAGAGUGUGAGAAGAGCGCCCGGCUGGAAGAGCUCAAAUAUCUCAAUGAGCGCCAUGAGCAGGCUAAGCAGGACAUGAAAAGGCUGGAAGAAACUGUUGCUUGUGAACUCCAGAGCUUGCACAACCUGAGAAAGCUUUUUGUUCAAGACCUUACAACUCGAGUUAAACGAAGCUCUGAAAUGGAACUUGAUGAUAGUGGAGGGUUUUCCACCCAGAAGCAGAAGAUUUCCUUUCUUGAGAACAACUUGGAACAGCUUACGAAAGUACACAAACAGCUGGUACGUGAUAAUGCAGAUCUGCGCUGUGAACUUCCAAAACUGGAGAAGCGUCUUCGCUCUACAGCUGAGCGAGUUCGUGCACUGGAGGGUGCAUUGAAAGAAGCCAAAGAGGGAGCCAUGAAGGACCGGCGCCGUUACCAGCAAGAAGUUGAGCGCAUUAGAGAGGUCAUGAGAACGAAGAACUUCUUCCAUCGCCCUAAUACUGCAUUGAUUGCCAAACCUGUUCGGCCAGGGAACUACCCUGCAUACUCACAAAUCAAUCACAUGUUCAUGCGCACUAGUGAUCCAAGAAUUGAAUUUAGCAAUGCAUUGUUUCAGAGAACCAUUCAACCUCAGAUAAAGACUAAAUCAAACCAUACAGACAAAGUUCCUGAGGACAGGCAGAGCACAGCAAAUGAAUCACUAAACUGCACUCACAAGCUCAAUACUGUCAAUGGGAAUACCACGGACAUCAAUGACAACAGUGACUGUUCAAUGUGUAGCAAUGAUGGGCACUGCAGCGUUCCUCCUGACCAGAUCAGACAGCAACAACAGGUUAUCCAACAGGAGCAAGCAACCAGCUAAAUUCAUCUUGAAAAUGUACCAACUGAGGUACACAAAACACACCAGAAGCACAGAUAUUACAGAUAUAAUUGAAAAAACACUCUUGAUAGCAUUCAGUAGAUAAUAUACCAUCUAAUACUGAAUCUUGUUCUGACAUUUAGAUAUGCUAUAAUGUAUUGCUAUGAGAGCAUUAAGAACGUGAAUGCUUGUCUCUAGAUAACAUGUAAGUCCCUUUCUGUAUAUGUGCAUGUUGCCUGCAAAAGGUCCUUCACUGAAACGGUCACUGCAUUUCUAUAUUUUGUAUACGUAAUAUAUAGCUUUUAAUGUCAUCAGCAGAUGGCGCUGUAUUGUGUUUUGCAGCUCAGCAUUUGAUCUAUAUACUGUAAAGUACACACAAAUACUGUACGAGUGAUCUUGGGGUGAUAAAUAAAUCGAAAGGCAUUAUGAUGUGAGAUGGCAAUGUAAUCAAAUGUCAGUUGUGCGUAUUUAUGUAUGAUGAAAUUACGUAUAUUGAGAUGAAAAGUCAUAGCAUAGGCACCAUAGAUUAUGUAGAUCAGGCUGUAGUUGCUUAACUAUCAGCAGAUUUACACACAGAUUUACUGAUUCAGCAGGCAUUACUCAGUAUGGGCCUUAUGUACCUUCUUCUGUACUUGCAGCUGUGGCUCUCUCCUAAUCAGCCACUUAGGAUGAGAAAAAUAGGAAGGUCAGAAAUCCUAACUGUACAUCCCGAUGAUAAAGAGGGAAUUAAAUACAAGCCUCUAAGCUAAGACAAAUAUGUUUUAGUUAGGUUACUCUGAACCCUGGAAAGUCACAUUGAACUGAACACAUUUUGAUUCAUAAAGAAGAGUCCUUUUUGUCACAUAAACUUGUAUUUUGACAGAGAUUAAUUGAAGUGUCAGGCUUUACAGGAUUUUCUGGAGCAAGUAAUACUGUCCAGGCCUAGGGUGUGCAUGCAUAUAAAUUACACACAUUUUGCUAACUUAGCAUAAUACACAAUAGUUGGGCAAAAUUGCCUAAUGUAAUGCAGUAGAGAUUUGUAAACAAACAUAAAUCAUAUGGAUUCAGGCCAUCGGUUUACGGUUACUAUUUUUUUGACUUGGCUUUUUGUGUUCUCUUCUUUUUUUGUGACUAAAAUAUAGUGCAUGCUGCGUAGCAUGCAUCUGUAGCAGAUAAGAUGGCACUUCUCAGGAAAAUGUGUCAAUAAAAA